AUGGCGAUUACAGUGACGCCUCUUGCAGGCUCUGGGAGGGCGACGAGCGGGGAAAUGAAAACCAGCGAGCCGCUUUGCUACCUGAUGGAGAUGGAUGGCGCGCGGAUAUUGCUUGACUGUGGGAGCAGAGAUUGGGAGGCUAAUGCGAACCCGGAAUUUGGAUACGAGCGGGCGUUGAAGGAUAUCGCCCCGACUGUCGACCUGGUGCUGAUAUCGCACGCCUCCACCAAACACAGCGGUCUGUACGCCUACGCAUACACGCACUACGGGCUCACCUGCCCAGCGUACUGCUCUCUGCCCGUCAAGGAGCUCGCCCGGCUGACGACGCUCGAGGAUAUCAUCGGUUGGCGCAGCGAGAGGGAAAUUACCGGGGAGAAGGCAAGCGAGUCUCCAGACGCAACAGACCAAUCGCAUUCGCCCCUCUUCGUUCCUACCAGAGAAGAAAACCGCUCAGCGUGGUCGGCAGUCAAGGAUGUGCGCUAUCAUCAACCACAGCAUCUUUACGGCAAGCUACGCGGUGUGACGAUAACGGCGUACUCCUCCGGCCACACGUUGGGAGGCACGCUCUGGAAGAUCCGCGCGCCCUCCGUCGGCACCAUACUCUAUGCAGUCGGGCUCAACCACAUGAAAGAGCGCCAUCUUGACGGCACAGCGCUGAUACGCGGUGACCAGGGGGGUCUGAGCGUGCACGAGCAGCUAGUGCGGCCUGGACUCGUCAUUACCGACAGCGAGCGCGGUGACUGCGUCAAUGCCAAACGCAAGGACAGGGAUGCAGCGCUGCUCGACUUGAUCAACCGCACUCUCCAGAACAGCAACUCCGUCCUACUUCCAUGUGACCCCACCACGCGUAUCCUUGAGCUACUCGUCCUCCUCGACCAGCACUGGUCGUAUAUCCGCGACAAGCAGCCAUCCUUCCGCGUCCCACUCUGUCUCAUCAGCAACACGGGCAACGACAUGCUCAAGUUCGUCCGCGGUCUGAUGGAGUUCUUCGGCGGGGCUACUGCUGCUGGCGACAACACCCUGCGGCAGGGCAGGGGAGUAUUAGAAUUCAAAACACUCAAUAUAUUCACCUCAGUUGACGCUCUCGAGGCGACCCACCCGAACACCCCGAAAGUCGUCCUUGCGGUGCCGCUUUCCAUGUCUUAUGGCAGUUCGCGUAGGCUGUUCAGCUCUUUUGCAAGCACGCCGGGCAACGCGGUAGUACUGACCAGUCGCGGGAUGGCAGGGUCGCUUGCGCGCGACAUAUUCGACCGCUGGAAUAGCCGCCAGGGCGAUUCGCAGUGGGGCAGCGGGAGGCUGGGCGCGAUGGUACAUGGUGAUUGGCGGGUUAACAUUACACAGCACUCGAAAAUUCCUCUGCUGGGCCAGGAGCUGGAGGCGCACCAGGCGAACGAGCGUCUCGCGCGCGAGCAAGAGGCAGCCAAACAGGCUGCAGAUUCGCGACGCCGCAGGAUGAUGGAAGCGGAUGCCCAGGAGGCGGACGAGGAGGAGGAGGAGGACGAUGAGGACGACGAUAAGGACUCAGACAAGGAGGAUCAGAAGGAGGAGGAGGUGCAGCAGGUCAGCUUCGAUAUCUUCCUCAAGGGUCACUCGACCCGCGGUGCAACCUCCUUCUUCAAGACCGCGCAGGGUUCCGCACCGCGCUUCAGGAUGUUCCCUUUUAACGAUACGAAAAGAAAAAUGGAUAGCUACGGUGAGGUGAUUGAUGCUGAUAGUUGGGUGAGCCGGGGUAAGGAGAUGGAGCGCCAGGCUAUCGAAAGGGAUCAGGAGCACGAAGCUAAACGGAGGAAGAUGGAGGAGGAGGCAGACGCGACUCCCAUAGAGCCACCCUCAAAAUACAUAAGCGAGCAAGUGGAAGUAGAUGUGCGAUGUCAGAUCAUGUACGUCGAUCUUGAAGGUCUUAACGACAGCAGGGCGAUCAAGAAUAUAAUGCCCCGUCUCAACCCGCGCAAGAUGAUUCUCGUAGGGGGUUCUCACUCUUCAUCCCACUCGCUUAUCGGUGCAUUCGAUGCCAUAUCGGCCAUGACCAAGGAUAUAUACGUGCCUGCUAUGGGCGAAACGGUAACGAUUGGCGAGCACACGCACAGUUACACGUUCACUCUCGGGGACAGCCUCGUUAAUAGCGUGCAUAUGGCUCCAUUCGAAGAUUUUGUCGUAGGUCACGCCAUCGGCACGAUGAAAUACCAUGAAGAGGCCCUCGUGCCGACUUUCGAAGAAGCAGAUGCGCGUGCUGCACAGGACAACUCACGCGCAUUGCCCACAUCUCUCUUUAUCGGCGACAUGAAAUUGACAGCUCUCAAAGCCAAGCUGGUGGGGCUGGGAAUGAGUGCUGAGUUUGGUGGAGAGGGUGUGCUGAUAUGCUGGAAUGACAAGGAUGGUGCUGAGGAUAAUGCAGACGGUGCAGUGGCCGUGUCGAAGAAUACCAACGGUGAACUCAACAUUACGUCUAGUUUGAUAGGUGAUGGUGACAUAUACUACACGGUACGCGAGGCUGUGUACGGGAUGCAUGCUGUGAUACCGACGCCAGCAUAA